GCCCAUCAUCGCUCGCCCUCUCGAGGUAAUCGUACACUAGGCGCGUCGCAUGACUGCGGCCGAUGUGGAAGCACGAAGCACGACGAUAACGCCUGCCGCUGGGUUAACGCACGCUGCUAUCACUGUGGGCGGCGCGGUCAUUUGGCAAAAAAUUGCUACAGUGCUCCAACUGAUGCAAAGGUGGGAAGGCGGGCAGCGAGUGUAAAGGCACUGACAGUUGAAAACGCGUCUAGCAACGACGAUCUGGAAAGCGCACACGUUUGGACGUUGAUUUCGGGAAGAAAAAACGGUUUGGAACCACCCAUACGCCGCACGUUUCGAUGGGGCAACGUACCCAUUGCCAUGGAAGUGGAUACUGGUUCCCCGGUGUGCGUCGUAUCGCGCCAAGUGUACGAUCGACACCACGCACAGUGGCCGCGCUUACAACUACCACGAAUCAAGCUGUCAUGUUACGCGGGACAGCUUCCGGUGUUGGGGGAACUCGAACUCUCAGUGAAGUAUAAAAAUGUAUCUGUGCCUUGCCCGCUCAUCGUGCUUGACUGUGCAGGACCCAGCCUAUGUGGCCACGAUCUCAUUGCUUUGCUUAGCAAGACGGGCGUUCCCAUUGGAGAUCUGACUGCGCCGAACCCUACAGCAAGCGCCGAGCCAAGCGACCCUAUGCUGAACCGACUGCUCGGCGAGUUCGAGGAUGUUUUCUCAACAGACCUUGGACUAAUCAAAGGUCCACCAGCCAGCCUAAAACUCAAGGAGACAGCGACACCGAAAUUCUGUCGGCAAUUCACCCUGGUAACCGACCAUCAGCCACUGCUGGGACUGCUCAGGCCUGACCGCCAAACGCCGCCGAUGGCCGCCGCGCGCAUUCAACGGUGGGCACUGUUCCUUGGAGGCUACCAGUACAAGCUACAGUACGUUCCGGGGAAACAACUACUGACAGCAGAUGCCCUCAGCAGACUACCAGCCCCGGCGGCAGCGGAACCAGUAGCCGAAGGGGAGCCUCCCGAGUACGUCCUGUCAUUAGAGGCCCUGGACGAAGGUAUAGUGACGACGCACGAGUUGCAGGAGCUCACUGCCAAGGACUCGUUGUUAGCCCGUGUCGCGGAAUACAUCUUGCAUGGCUGGCCUCGAACAACAAGUGGAAUGGUGCCCGACUUGCUGCCCUUUUUUGAUCGCAAAAUGGAGCUGUCGAUGGCUCACCGGCUAAUAUAUUGGGGCAACAGAGUCGUCAUACCACGAAGGCGCAGGAAAGGAUGUUGAAGCUGCUACAUGAAGCACAACAAGGCUCCUCGUCAAUGAAAGCGGUGGCACGGUCACUGUUUUGGUGGCCAGGGAUGGACAGGGAGAUUCAGGAAUUGUUGGCGCAGUGUGUAAGCUGUGUAGAAAACCUGCCCAUGCCUGCGGCAGCACCACCGGUGAGUUAGCCGAAAACGGCCGAGAGGUGGUCCCGGAUCCACAUCGAUUUUGCGGGCCCAUUAGCCGGGUGGUAGAUGCUCACACGAAGUGGAUUGAAGCAAUACCUAUGAUGCAUGCGAACACAGCAGGUACUACUCGCUGCUUACGAAGUCUGUUUUGUCGGUUCGGAGUGCCACGCACAAUCGUGUCCGAUAAUGGAACGCAAUUUACGAGCCAGGAGUUCGCCACGUUUGUAGCAAGAAACAGUAUUGUGCAUUUGCAUACAGCGCCUUUCCAUCCUCAGUCGAAUGGAGCAGCGGAAAGAGCAGUGCGAACCCUUAAGGAUGGCUUCCGGAAAAUGCAAGAUGGCCCACUAGAAGAUAACAUCAUGCGCCUGCGAUUCCAUUACAUGAGGACCCCGCAAAAAGAAGGAAAGUCACCCUCGGAGAUGCUUGUCGGUUACCAGCUGCGGUCCCUUCUUGAUACCUGCCUGCCGCCCAGGGAUGAGAACUGGUCGCCGGGUGCUGACGAUUGGACCAUCUCGCCAGGAAGCAGCGUCUACGUGCGCAACUACGGUGCCGGCAAAAGAUGGACGCCUGGACGCGUAAAAGCUGCGUCGGGGGCGAGAAUGAUAGCAGUGGACACACCAAGAGGGUUAGUGCAGCGUCAUAUCGACCAAGUCCGCCGCCGCCACGAAUCGACGCCGGAGUCUGCAACUGCGGGGACGGCUGAAGGCGCGGACACUGAAGCUGAACCUGCCAGCGUGACUACUCCUGUCCCGUCUCCUGCGUUGCAACGCACGUCCAGGCGGAAUGACCAAGAGCGAAGCCCAGAGCUACCGGCAGCAGAUGGUCGGAGUCAGUUUUCCCCACCAGCUGCUACGGAACCUCCAGUCGCUACGGACGAACACUCGCCUGAGGCGGUCCCGCAUCAGGCAACGCUGAGGCGAUCGACAAGAGUUAGGAACCCGGUCCAACGGUUCCACUUUUAAGAGGAAAGAAAUGUUGUAUUUGUUUCGUUUGUAACGCCGGCAAAACCAGCUGCGCGCGCACCAUUUCGUUUGGGCCCUGUGCGCCUUCAUUCUCCCUCUUUCCCCCCUCCCUUCACCCUCUCCUAAUGCCAAUGUAUAUAACCACGCUGUGGACAAUAAACGCCGUCGUUGACUGCC